GCAAAAGAGUUCCAGACUCUCUUUUGUGCUUUGCUCGAUUCAACGGCGCCGGCGAUGCUUACGACGGUCGAUAGGCCAUUGAAUUGAGCUUCAUUUUAACCUAAUUCGAUUUCUGGUGAAAUUUAAUAUAGUUUCCUCAUUUUGAUCUUCGUGCUUGCUGUGGUUGAGCCCACCAAAUCCACCGCCACCACCACUCUAUUCUCCACCGUCUGCCUCCGCCCCCUAAAAUUCAAAUUCGAGCACCGCCGCCGCUUUACAAUUGACCGCUGAUCUACCUCCUCAUCAUCCAUCACUUCAGCCGUCUGCGAAAUCAAUUCCUCCCCGAAAUCUCUUUUCAUUUCAAAUUUUUAGCAGGCCGAAUUGGCAGUUACCAUCUGAAUCGAAUUCGAGGGAAUGGCAAAAGUUAGAGACAGAACUGAAGAUUUUAAGGAUGCUGCGCGUAGAGCAGCAUUGAAUUUGGGAUACAAUGAGUCCAAAACCGCGGCAAUAAUGGCAUCUUUUAUCAUGCAUAAGAGUUGGGAAAGAUCAUCUUUUACCAAAGCUGCACUAACAACGCUUGAAAGUAUUGGAGCUUUAGAGCAGUUCCUCAUGAAGCAUAAGAAGGAUUAUGUAGACGCACACCGUACCACUGAACAAGAAAGAGAUAGCAUUGAGCAUGAAGUCACAGUCUUCAUCAAAGCAUGCAAAGAGCAAAUAGACGUCCUAAAAAAUAGCAUAAAUGACGAGGAAACAAAUUCCAAGGGAUGGCUUGGAAUAAGGAGUGACAAUUUGAAUGCUGACACUAUAGCACAUAAACACGGAGUGGUCUUGAUUUUAAGUGAGAAGCUUCAUUCAGUGACAUCACAAUUUGAUCAACUCAGAGCUUUGCGCUUUCAAGAGGCUAUCAAUCGGGUAACACCAAGAAGAAAACCAAAGCGGAGUGUCACAACUAAUAAUAAUGCAGAGAGCACUAGUACUGGAAAUAUGGGGCCCACAGAAGCAAACAAUUCGGAAGUCAGACAAACAGAUGAUGUUCAGGCAGAGCCAAUCAGGAUGCAGCAACAACUGUUAGAUGAUGAGACACGUACCCUUCAGGUAGAGUUGGCUAGCAUGUUAGAUGCUGUUCAAGAAACUGAAACAAAGAUGGUGGAAAUGUCUGCACUCAACCACCUCAUGUCCACUCAUGUUUUGCAACAAGCCCAGCAGAUUGAGUUUUUGUAUGAGCAGGCAGUUGAAGCAACGAAGAAUGUGGAGCUUGGUAAUAAAGAGUUGUCUCAAGCGAUCCAAAGGAAUAGCAGUAGCAGAACUUUUCUUUUGCUUUUUCUGUUUGUCCUUACCUUUUCAAUUCUCUUUCUUGAUUGGUAUAAUUAAAACGGAAGAUUGAUUGUUACAUGGUAUACAAAAUCUUUUUGGGUUA